AUGAAGGCGGCCGCCGCCGAGGCGCCCUGGUUCGGCAUUGAGCAGGAGUACUUUAUGAUGGACGCAAAGAGCGGGAAGAUCCUCGGCUGGCCGGAAACGGGCAGAGGGGAGCCGGAUCCCUUUGAGUCGCACUACUUUGCAGUGGGCAGGGACCGAGUGGUGGGGCGGCAGUUGGCCAAUCUGCACUAUGCCGCCUGUCUGUAUGCUGGCAUUAAAAUAGAUGGGCUGAAUUCGGAGGCCAGUCUCGGGCAGUGGGAGUACCAGAUCGGCCCCUGCGAGGGCGUCACCAUCGGCGACGACCUGGUGAUGUCCCGCUAUCUGCUGCACCGCCUCGCCGAGGACCUCGCCCUCUCGGUGACCUUUGAGCCUAAGCCAAUUCCCGACGGCAUGUUCGGCUCGGGCGCCCACACCAACUUCAGCACCGCCUCCAUGCGAGCCGAAGGCGGCCUGGCGGCCAUCUACGAGGCGCUGAAGAAGCUGGAAGCUCGCCACCUGGAGCACAUUAAAGUGUAUGACCUUGAUGGUGGGCGGGAGAACGCCCAGCGACUGGUGCCCGGCCCGGUCUCCGCCAGCUGGCAGACCUUCACCUGGGGCCUGGCAAACCGGGCGGCCAGUGUACGGGUUCCGGCGCAGACGGUCGCCGAUGGGAAGGGCUACCUCGAGGACCGCCGUCCGGCGGCCAAUAUUGACCCGUACACGGUGGCAGAGGCCCUAGUGCGGACUGUGUGCUUGUAA